UUUUCUCAAAAUAAGCUGAUAUGGUAAACAUAAUUGCUCUCUGUCCAAAUUUUUUGAUGAUAACUUGUACUAAGUACUAUGCACUUCGCUGACAGAGUGCACGCCUACGAAAAAGUUGCUCGAAAAUCGGUAAUGUCAACACGACUGGUCAACACGGAUACAAUUUCUGAGAGAGCGUCAUUGAUCACCCUGCAAUGUAGUCCUAGGUGAAGAAAACAUGGUGAGAGAACCGUGAUUGAGCAAAAAUGGGGACAGGUAGUUCCUUCUUCCGCCACCAGGAUGAAGAUGAUCUUGGUGAUGGGGUCAUAAAGCGCAUUCCCAUCGAGGUCAAGCCUCGUGGAAAACUGGGGCUGCGAUCUGUGGGGUCACUGGGUAGGAAACCCAAAGGUGGUAGCCUUCGUUCCGCCCUGUCUGUUGACUUGGAAAACCCAGAGGUGGAGAGAAUCAGGAGAGAAUUUGAGAUGUAUCGCCUCAACAAGGAAAAUGAACUUGCAAAUGUUCAGAAAAAGGAGCAGAAACUUGAUACUGAAAAUAAGAAGCUCAGGACAGAAUUACAGGCUUUACAGCAGAUGUGUCGCAAGCUGAAGAAUGAAAAUGAUAUUGCCUUAGAGGCUGAGCAACAGGCCCUAGAGAGAGCAUUCACAUUCGAGAAUGACAGAAAUAAAGUUCAAAGACAAUUUAAGAUAUUCAGGGAAACCAAAGAAAAUGAGAUUCAGAAUCUGCUUAAAGCUAAGCGUGACUUGGAAAACAAGUUGUCAAGGCUGUCCCAUGGUUUGAUAGUGGAUGACUUGGACUCUGGUUCAAGAAGGUCCAACAGUCUGGACAAUUUAGGAGGUGGUCAGUCAGGAGACUGGUGGACAAACCUGGACAGUGAACCUUCAAUGGGCAGUACAUUACAACUACAGACCUUCAUCAACAGAGGGGGACCAGAGUUUGCCCACAGUAUUGUAGAGCUGGACGGACCAUUCACAAAUGUCACCAAAGAUGACUGGAAUGCUGCAGCAGCAAGCUUGGCUCAAGUCACUCCCAUUCUCCCAACUCAGCCAGUCAAAAAUACCAUCAGGGUCUACAUAUGUGCCAACAAGGACACACUGGAUGAAGUGAAGCUUUUCAAAAGGGAGCAUGUUCCUGAGCUUGAUAGACUGGUCUCAAGUGAAGGCAGGUCCCUGGUUGUAGUACAUAUUCAAAAACUUUUGUCCGGAGUCGGUUGCCAGGUAGUGGAAUGCACCAUAUUUCUAGGUUUCCUUGGAAAUAAAAUAAACAAGCUAGCUGAAGAAGCAGUGAAUGUGUUCCUCAACUGUGAUAAUCAAAAAUCAACAAGUGCAAUAUUUUGCUUCAAAGCUCCAGGUCCCAAGGGGGUCACCCCUGAAGUGGAACAGAUGAAGUACGAUAUAAGCAGUAAAUGCUCUGGUGCUAAGAUACAUGAGAACUAUGAUAGUGCAGAGGAUGGUGCAAAAUGUGCUUAUGUUGAUAUCAAAAGUAUUUUAAAGAUGGAAUUGGGUAUGGACCAGGAUCACUCUGAUGCAGAUUCAGGUUUCUCAGAAAAUGGCGGUCCUGAGCAGCUGUGCGGUGGGCUGUGGGACGUACAUGGCCAGUUUGAGCAGAUUGAGGCCUUGAACUAUGCACUGAGUUCCAACUGCCAAAUGGGGUUUGAAAAAUACUAUGAAAGACUGAACACUCACGUCCAGUCUGCUGGACCACUCCCACCACUGCUGAUCUCUGGAGGCUCUGGGCUAGGGAAGUCUCUGCUACUAGCUAAAUGGUUAGAACUGCUGCAGGACAAAGCCGAAUCAUCAGGAACCUUAAUUUUGUACCAUUUUGUGGGCAGCCAAGACUCCAGUUCUGCUGAUCCUAUACAAAUGACAAGGAGACUGACAGCAAAGUUAAUGCAGUAUGUGUCAUCCCCACCAACACUGACCUGUGACCCAUCGCGUUUAGUGGAGGAAUUCCCUCGUUGGCUUGAAAAGGUGUCCUCAAAACUACCAGGAGGUGUGGUGCUGGCUCUGGACUCUGUUGACAGAUUCAGGCAAGGAGAACAUCACCUGAAGUGGCUUUUAGAUCCAUUACCAGUGGACUUCAGAGUUGUUGUGACAGUACAUGAAGACACUUGUCCUCAGUCAUGGAGGUCAUGGCCUACAGUACAUAUGGAACCACACAGUAGCAAAAGUGUCAAAGAAAUCAUAAGAACAGAACUGGCAGCAGUUGAGAUCUCUCUGAAUGCUGACCAGGAGAGCCAAGUCUUGACCCACUGCAGGACAGCGGCCACCUGCAACCCUCUCUACGUCAUGCUGCUGGUCAGCGAACUUACAGGUUGCACUGAUGAAGGUGGUCUAGAUGACACAUUGGAGUGGGUCUUGUCCACCAGUAGUGCCACGGAGUUGUACCAGGUCACACUGGGUCACCUACAGCAGCAAUAUGACAACAACUAUGGCAGGGGGCUCUUCAAGAAGGUGCUUCAGUUCAUAUAUGCCAGCAGGAAUGGCAUGGGUGAAUGGGAGCUGAUGGAGCUCAUCUCAGACCUCACCUGGAAUAACUGGGUGGUCCUUUAUAAAGACCUAGUGGACAGACAGGUGGUCACUCACAGGGGAGGAGUCUUGACCAUUGUCCAUGAGCAGGCUCGUGAGGCAGUCAAGGCCAUGUUUUUUUCAGGAAGUGAGGAAAAGUCUCUAGAUAAAACCAGAGAGGUUUUAAUUGGUCAUUUCUCAAAAUGUUUAAAACCAGGAAAAGUGAAUUUUAGAGUGGCUGAUGAGUUGCCAUGGUUGCUGAGACAAAAAGAAGAUAAGCAAGCACUACAAGAAUGUCUGUCCAAUAUCUGUGUUUUUCAGAUGCUGUAUGGAAGGGGUCACUGUGCCGAGAUCCUGUCUCUCUGGCAGUAUGUAGGAAUGGACAGAACUGCCAUGGUCCAAGCUUAUUUUGCCAUGAACAAAAAGGUGGAAGAAAUGGACAUUUUGAAUCUCACCAAAGUAGCAGACAUGUACGAGACCUUGGGAAGGUUCUGCUGUGACCUGGGUCUACUGGAGCAAGCUUUAACUCCCCUACAGAGGGCGCUGGAGAUCAGAGAGGGUGCUGACCCAGACCACCCCAGUGUGGCUCAGUCUCUCCAUCAUCUUGCUGGACUCCAUGGUCAGUGGGGGAAGUAUGCCACUGCAGAGGCUCUCUACAAGCAGGCUCUGGACAUUAAGGAGAAUGCCUUUGGGCCUGAGCAUUACUCGGUGGCCGUGGAGCUGGAUGCUCUUGCUGCACUGUACAGGAAACAGGACAAGUUAGAUCUUGCAGAACCAGUGCACAAGAGAGCUGUUUCAAUCAAAUCCAAAACCAAAACAUCAAGGAUUGCUCCAAGUCCACUGAAUGCUGGUGUCCAGAGAAAGAAGGCACUGAAGUUAGAGGACCUCACUAUGAAUGCAGACUCUCCUGAGCUGGCCAGGACACUGAAUGAACUGGGAGUCCUAUACUACUUGCAGAAUAACCAGGAGGCAGCAGAGUCAUUUUUCAAGAAAUCUCUGGCAAUGAGAGAGGCUGUGUUGGGCAGCAGUCACACUGAUGUAGCCCAGUCCCUGUACAAUUUGGCUGGCCUGUACACUGAUAGGAAGCAAUAUGAUCUGGCAGAACCUCUCUAUGAGAGAGCCCUGCAUAUCAGGAGACAGCAUUUCCCAGCAGAACACCCUAAUGUUGCAUCUGUGGUGAAGCAUUUAGUGGUGCUGUACAAAAAGCAGGACAAGAUUGAGAAAGCUGAGCCCCUGUAUGAAGAGACCAUCCAGAUGCGUGAGAGAUCUUUUGGUGUAAAUCACCCAUCAGUUGCCACAGCUCUGGUGAACUUAGCUGUUCUUCACUCACAACAGAAUAAGUACGAUGCUGCACUGCCACUGUAUGAGAGAGCACUCGGCAUUUAUGAGCAAAGUUUGGGUUUGACACACCCAAGGGUGGCAGAAACUCUCAGGAAUCUCGCAAAAUUAAGAUAUGAUCAGGGAGAUUUCGAAACAGCAGCCAAGCUAUACAAGAGAGCCACUGAAAUUAAGGAAGGAGAAAUGCUGAAAGGUUCAGGAAGAAGUUCCAGUGAGGAAACUGCAUCAACCAUGAAAAAUGGGGUGCAGAGGUAGUCUAGUCAUAUUUGCAAUAUUACAACUGCAAUACUGAACUGCUGAUAAGGAACAUUACUGGAACAAUACCACUAUGUAACUAUAAUUAAUGUUGGAUUAUGGGACACUUGUCCGCUCUCACUCAAAUCAAAAAAAGCCAUCAGUCAUUGUAAAUGGCUGUUGCCCAUGUUGCGCAAUCCUGGGACAGGAAUUUGAAGACUGAUGCAUAUCAGGGUGCUCUUGGAUUAGCUCAUAUCUGGGUGACUAGAAACUACUUUACAAGGUCAUAGUUUUGCUGCUGAUCACAUUUUCUAUGCAGAGAUCUUCUUGCUCAUCAAAAUCUUAGAUUGAUGACAGGUGUUUUUAUUCUUAAAGAAACAUGAAUGACAUCCAUGAUUUACACUCUACCUAACAGGCUUAUUUGAUAUUUCAGAAAACAUGGAGUUAUGGAGUUAUUAAUUUAUUUGUCUAACAAGCACUGCUUAGAGAUAUAAAAGCUGUGGCAUUCCUUGGCUCCUGUUAAUUUUCAUUAACAUAAUAAAGCUCUUAGAAAUGCUGCAGAAAUGAUAACCC